AUGAUGUCUUACCUCAAACAGCCCCCUUACGGCAUGAAUGGGCUGGGGCUGACGGGCCCCGCCAUGGACCUGCUUCAUCCCUCCGUGGGGUAUCCGGCCACCCCACGGAAGCAGCGGCGGGAACGCACCACCUUCACCCGCUCGCAGUUGGAUGUGCUGGAGGCUCUCUUUGCCAAGACCCGCUACCCGGACAUCUUCAUGCGGGAGGAAGUCGCCCUGAAGAUCAACCUGCCCGAAUCCCGAGUCCAGGUCUGGUUCAAGAACCGCCGUGCCAAGUGCCGGCAGCAGCAGCAGAGCGGCGGCGGGGCCAAGAGCCGCCCGGCCAAGAAGAAAUCCUCGCCAGCCCGGGAGAGCUCGGGCUCCGAGAGCAGUGGGCAGUUCACGCCACCGGCAGCGGCCUCCAGCUCGGCCUCCUCUUCCUCCUCCACCCCUUCUGUCGGUCGUGUGCGUGUGCGGGUCGGUGCCGCAGCCCUGCCUUGCCCGCCUGCCUCGCCCGCCUGGGCUGGGGCUUUCCGGCAGCUUUGCCCCGCAGGGAGGAGAGGGACCGUUCUGUGCCAGCAGGGUGGGCAAGACAUGACUUGCGCCUGUUGGUGGGCGAGCAUGGGCUGGGAAGGGUCAUAUCCGGGUUCGGGGGGGCCCCGGCGCCCUCCCUGUUUUGCCAGCUUAAGCAGCGGAGCAAACUUCUCCCGGUGUGGGCUUCCUCGAGGCUUGAGCAGGCACAGCCACCCCGAGCAUGAGUCACGGCAGCAUUUGCUGCUGGAGCACGGAGCUGCCAGUGGCCCAGGGGUGCAGCCACAGCGCCGAGACGUGCCGGGUUACCCGGUACAGGCUGUGAAGCUCCCACCUCUUCCCCGAGUGCCGGCAGCUGCCUGGGCUACCCAGAGCCUGCUCCAAAGGCACGUGGGGCUUUCCCGCCUUUCCAUCAUACAGACUUGCUCACCAUAUAAAACCAAUCUGAAGAAGCUCACUGGCUCUAGGUUGCAGCCACCCAAUGCUCCCCAAAAAGCUCAGUCUUAA